AUGGUAGCCAAAACAAUGGCUCUGCCCAUAGCCUCCGUGAGUGUCUCUCCUCAGGGUCUCCUCUACUCUGGAGAGACAGUCACUCUGCAGUGUGUCAUACCAGGCUACACAGACUGGACGUACUACUGGUACAAAAACAACCAACACCUUCCUGAUGAGACCAGUAAAGUCAUUGAUAUCACCAUCCCCAUCACUCAGCCUGGUCUGGUUGGUCAGUACAGAUGUGAGGGGACGAGGACAGAUUGGCCCCAGUGGUCACAACCCAGGGGUGACAUCACUAUCAGUGUCACUGGUCUGCCUAAAGCUACACUGACUGUGAAGCCAAACCCUGCAUACCCUGGAGAGACAGUUACUCUGACGUGUUCAGUAGGGUCUGACAGUAGCUGGAGCUAUCAGUGGUACAAAGACAGGAAUGAUAAUGUAGUAUCCCAGUCUGUCAGACACACUAUAACAGGAGACACCCUCACCAUCAGUAGUGUUGCUGAGUCUGACCAGGGUCUCUACUGGUGUCAGGGAGAGAUCCAGUCCAGAUCCAUAUCAUCAAUAAUCAGUGAUCCUGUCAGAGUCACCCUGAAUGCUCUGCCCACGGCCUCAGUGAAGAUAGUCACUCCUCAGGGUCUCCUCUACCCUGGAGAUACAGUCACUCUGCAGUGUGACAUAUCAGACUACACAGACUGGACGUAUCGCUGGUUCAGAGACAAC